AUGACGUCGAAAGAUAUAGAGUCGAAAACAGCCUUGGAAUUGGAGGAUCUCAAAGAUGCACCCCACCGUGAUCCUCUUUUAGAAUUGUUUCCAAUUCUUCAGGACAAGACCCCCGAAGAGUUGGAGAAGUUAAACCGUUCUGUGGUCCGAAAGCUGGACUGGUAUUUCCUGCCAUGCAUUACAAUGAUUCUCUUGAUGAGCUAUCUUGAUCGUAUCAAUGUCUCCAAUGCCCGUCUUGCUGGUAUGCAAAGCGACCUUCACAUGUCAGAUACAGUGUGGUCUGCGGGCAUUUCUCUUUUCUAUGUUGGUUAUAUCAUUUCACAGGUGCCAGCAAAUGUUUUCAUCGCGAAGGGGAAGCCAAGCAUUCUCUUCCCCUGUAUUGCGCUAGUCUGGUCUGCGGUCACUAUCUGUAUGCCGGCUCUGACCUCCGGCUGGGGAUUUUGUCUCUGUCGCUUCCUGGUUGGUGUGGCUGAGGGCCCUUUCGUCCCGGCCGUUUCUCUGCUCACCUCAUCAUGGUAUACCAAGCAAGAAUCACCAUUGCGGAUGGGAAUCUGGCACGCGGGUAAUAUUAUCUCGAACGUUUUCUCUGGUCUUCUCGCCGCUGCCAUUCUCACCAACAUGGAUGGAAUAGCGAAACUUCGGGCCUGGCAGUGGUUCAUCCUUCUGGAGGGGAUCGUGAGUAUUAUAGUCGCCGUGACGGGCUUUUGGUUCAUCCCAAACUUUCCCAACAACACUGGUCGCCGGUGGUUCACUGAGGAAGAAGCCGCCAUGGCAGAAUAUCGACAAGUGGUCUCAGCGGGCGGAACCCGUGAAGACGAUGAAGGAGAUUACUGGGGCGGAGUGCUGCUCGCAGUCAAAGAUCCUUUUACAUGGGGCUUCGCUGCUAUCCAUUUUUCGCUUAUCAUCGCCCAAUCGUUCAAAGAUUUCUUUCCAUCGGUAAGCCCAAGCCAUGCAUAG